AUGGAGGUGGAGCCGCCGGGUCUCCUGAGGUACCUCGUCGGAGCUGUGAUUAUGGUGGUGGGGGUGGUGCUCCCACUCGGCUACAUGAUGUUUCGCAACAAGCGGUCCCCUUCGUCGAGUUCUUAUUUCUCCAAGCAGACGUAGGUGAUUUCCUCUCCCUUUAUUUUCACGUAAAGGGAGAUUUCCGUCGCCUCGGACUUGUGACAUUGUUCCUGAUCUCCUAUUCUGGUCCUUGUUCAUCUUAUCCAGGAACAGAGCAGUGAUCUAGAGGGAGCGGGACAACCUUUUAUCUGCAUCGUCAAGCCUCCUCUGCCGUUAAUUGUGUGAGGUUUCUGCAGUAUUUGACCGGAGAACGAAGCAGAGGGGGUUUGAAGCCGUUCAUAAUUUUUGGUUUUCAUAUGCAGAUAUAGAGGAGUUGCCGGGAAAUUGCUUCAUGAUUCCGCUUCCUCCCUCCUCCCUCGCUCUAUUUUCUCAAGAAAAUUGCUCUAGAUUGUAGCAAAACACUUGAAAAUAACUGCUUUUCAGCAGUUCAUCUGAUCUUUCUUUUGGUCUCUGCGGAUUAAUUCUAAAAGGUUCCUUUUGA